AUGUCUUCUCAAAGUAUCGAAGCGCUCGACGACAGUGAUUUUGAACAAAGUAUAAAAGAGCAACUGAGUGGAAUUAUAACGCAGCUUAACAGUGCAGGACUUGUGGUGCAUAUCUUACAAAAUAAGGCAGUCAUAGCUAGAGAGUCUGAAAAUGAMGUUUUUACUGUAACUGAUGGAGAAGACGCCUUGAAAUACGUUAACAACCCAAGGUACGCUGACAAGAUACUAUGCGUCGACGACCAGAAAUUUUACUGCCACUCUCAUUACCUGGUGUUACGAAGCSAGUACUUUAGGGUGUUGCUCAAUGGUGAGUUCAAGGAGAARUCAAUGGACGUCGUGUCGAUUGAAUURCCGCUUCCUGGAAAGUUUGARCCCAUUUUGCGCUUUCUCUACUCUGGAAUGACAAACGACAACGACUCGCUCUUUGAUGAACACAAUAUUUUCCAUGCCAUAAAAACCAGUGAUUUUCUAGGYAUCAAAGAACUWUAUCACAAAGCCGUCGGCGUGUUCGCACACAAGUGGCGAGUUCUGACGAAGUCUCCAAUGUUCCGACGAAGUAUUAUCGAUUAUAACUUUUUGGACUCGCUGCUCGACUUCGGUACAAAAAAUGCACUAUUCAAAGACAGUGAGAAAUUGAAAGUCGUGGUUUUGUGGGAUGAAGAGGGAAAUGCAAACUUCACCGAAUCAAAGCGUUUACUAACAGARCAUAAAUGCCUCGAAGAAGCRACAGUAGUCGACUUAGAAUGGGGCUUCAAAGUCAACCCGAAUUUAUUCUCAUCCAUGGACUCUUUAGAAUUCAAAUGCGUCGUGACUCGGGCAUUGAAUGACCUACAAAGAUCUCGCGACGAAAACCGAGACUCCGAAGACAAAAUCCGACGACUAUCGCACUGUGUUCGUGUUCUACGAAGCCAACUCGAUGAAGUGUCGUGCAAUCGCUGUCGCACGAAGAUUCCACGAGCAGCUGUGAAAUCCCGAACCUGUGUUACGACGCAGCAUUCGGGAACUUACAAAGUCAACGAAGGAUGGUCAUGCUGUGGAGAGUUGRUAAAGCGAAGCAGAGGGUGCAAACCAUUGGCUAUUUCUCGUCAUAGAAUCCACAGCUGUAACUAA